AUGAUAUCAGUUUUACCAUGCGAAUUGAACGAAGACGAUACAUUUGAAGGUACUGAAUCGGGUGAGAUAUCGAUUGACACGCUUAAAAUGGUAAAUUAUGAACAAUGCUCAUCAUGUGUUAUGGAAAUUGAAACUGCAAUUGCAACACCUAUUAAAGAGGUGGAAACAGGUACUAAUCCAAAUUGCGGAACUGGAAUUACGGAGAAUCUUCAGGACUCGUUGAUCGAGGCCAAGAUGGAAAUACCUGCUGCAGAAACGGAUAUAGAUAUGGAUGCUGCAGAGGUAGAGCAGAUUAAUCACUUGUAUGAAGGGAUCAAAGAUCAAUCUAUAGCCGUUGUAAGUGUUUCUGAAUCCAAGGAACUGAAAAAAUUGGAUCAUUGCUUACAAAAGUAUAAAGAAUUGCUUGCCGAGAGGUCACCAUUAGCAAAAUUGUGGUGAUUGGAACCAGCAUCUAGUCGCAAAUACGAAAAUGUUGAAUCUAUUUCCUGCAACUGGCCACAUCAAGUAUGCAAAGAGUGCACCUGUAUUUGCAGCUGAUGCUGGAAUUACAAACAGACUACCCAUGGCUAUAUCAUUGCUUUGAAGAACAAGGAUUCCAUACAGUCCGCAGAAGCAAUCGCCUCUGGGCAGGGCUAUGGACGGAUCUUACUAUCGAACAGGUUAUGAUGAGAUCCAUCAAAAGCAGAGGAGGACUUACUAGAGGACGUCGUGUAACAAAGACUGUUCGCCUUCGGGGUACAUAUCCAUCGAAAUAUGGACAAUAUGAGCGCCGUAGAAGCAUCUAUUAAAAUAAAUGAUCAAGUGAGGUCUUUAGAUCAUCUACAUCCAGUAAUCAAAGUUGAUAAACAGAAAAUGAACAUCCGCCCAAAUCAUCUGUUUUAUCGAUCGCCUUAUAGCUAUUGCACAGAGAGAUGAAAACAUGACUCCAUACUUUGACUACGAGCUUACGGCAAUGCCAACUUCGCUAUUCAAUGACAAUUUUAUGCGUAAAUCGGUAAAAUCCCAACUAGCACGAACCCUCGAGAAAAGUGUUCAGUCCUAUGGAGAAAACCCGCAAGCCAUGCAUGUUCUCGAUUGCUGAGCCCCUACUCAUACAGUGAAAUGGCAGAAGAAGCUUACAUACAAAAACAUAGCGGUGCAAUAUGUAAACUAUGUGCGUACAAAAUAUCGCGACUGUUGUAUUGUGUUUGAUGGUUACGGACAGGGUCCGACAAUUAAAGAUCACGAGCACCAGCGAAGAAUUGGUAAAACAUGCGCUGAUAUUCAGCUCAGUGAAAAUAUAAAGGCUCACAGUGAUCAGCAGACCUUCCUCUCGAACAAGAAAAACAAAAGUCAGUUCAUCGCGUUUCCGAAUCGAUGCUUGGAAGCUGAUGGCCAGAUUUCGCAUAACAGCACGGGAGAUGCUGACACAUUGAUAGUGGAAACUGCUCUUCUAUUUGCAAGACAAGAAAGAGAAGUAAAAGUAGUAGCAGAUGACACGGAUGCACUUAUCCUCUUGAUGUACCACUGGAACGCGAAUAUGGCUGAUAUAUAUUUCCAUUCAGAGGUAAAGAGAUCAAAGAAAGGUUUGAAGGUGUGGAAAGUUCAAGACCUUGUUAGCAAAGCUGGCAAAGUUGUAACAUCCCAUUUCCUGUUUAUCCACGCAUGGAGUGGUUGCGACACCACAUCUGCAACAUAUGGGCAUGGCAAAACCAGUCUUUGAAGAAGAUGAAAGAAUCAGAAGAAUUGCAGUGGAUAUCUUUCUUUAUAACCGAUAAUGAGGCUACAGUAGAGCAGAUUGGCAAAGCAGGUCUCCGGUUAUACGUUAUCCUAUAUGGUGGCAGAGCAAAUGAUUAUUUGAACAGUCUGCGGUACUCUAAAUACAUGGAGAUGGUACUUACAAGAAAAACAUCAAUUGAUCCACAGAAGCUUCCACCUGCAGAGAGAGCAGAAUUUUAUCACAGUUUGCGGGUUCACUUGCAAGUUAUAACUUGGUUGAAGCUCACAAAUGAUUACCUGAAUCCGACACAAUGGGGUUGGAAACUUGCUGAUACAAUACAAACACCAGUUCUCACGGACUUGGAUGCACACCAGAAUGCUUAUUGA